ACUUAUUGGGAUAUAUCUUUUUGCACUAUACAAAAAACAAGGAGCAUAUGAUAUAUUCUUGGCGACCAAGAAACAAAUAUGAAAGACAUUAGACAAAGGUACCAAUAAUGAUAGGAGGUACAAUGAUUAGCCAUGUUGUUGAGAUGCAUAUUAUGUACAUACAGUAUCUUGCUUGUCAUUAUGUCAAGGAAAGCGAGGCAUAUUUUUGAUUACCUUAUAUGUAGUGGAUUCAAAACAAAGAAGCAGAAGCAAAAGCAGAAGCAGGUCGCCGUGUUCUACCAAUGUGAUAUAACAGACUGGGUCACAAGCUUCUGCCAUUACAGAUUUAUAGAUGUUGCUGCAGCAGUUACAGCAAGAAAAAAAGGUGCAAAAACAUUCAAAGUGUAACAUUUCCGUAUCUGCUCAUGCAAAAACCAUGAAGAGUCUGCCGGCAUCACCACCUCAUCAUUUACUAGAGGUUAGAAACAGUUACCGGUUCAUCCGUGCACGUCCUCUUUUGUUGU